AUGUCCACUCCGACCAACUCCAGCAAGCCAUUUCAAGGGUCCUGUCACUGCGGCAAGAUUCAGUACAUUGCCUACCUCACGCUUCCGCCCAAGUCUUUCGAUCCAGCGACGUCUCCUAGUACAUCCAUUCGGAUCUACAAGUGCAACUGCUCCACUUGUGUUAAGCUAGGCAUGUUCCACCUUCGUCUCGAAGAUUCGCCCAGAGACUUCCUUGUUCUUUCGCCCUUGAAUUUUGAGGAUCCAGGUGUGCUCGGAGACUAUAGAACCUUUGCCGGAGAAUACCAUUGGUACUUCUGUAACGAGUGCGGCGUGAGGUGUUUUGCAUUUGCGGGCGCUGACGGAAAGGGCGGAAGGGGCGGAGAAGUCAUCGAAAUUGACAUGGAAGCGGUUGGAGAUGGUGGCAAGAAGACAAUCAAAGUUUGGAGACCACUUCGAAAGGGAUGGGUGGAGGGCAAAGUUGGCUACCUGUCCAUCAAUGCGACGACGCUGGAGCAGGAUCAGGAAGGCCUGGACUUGAGAGAUUGGGCGGAAAAGGGGUAUAUUUAUUAUAUUGAUUGCAAGGAGCGAGUCGAAAGUGACCAGUAUGGACGGCCACACGCAGGAGGAAUCUACUGA